AUGGCGUUCUCGUCGUCUUCAUCCGAAAGUAAUUUCAGCGGCCCGAGAUCUGUUCGUGAUGCAGCGUUUACCGGCAUCAGUAGCCCUUCGGAGGCCGGAAGUCAAGGCAGACGCGGGGGCGGAGGAUUCCAGUUCGACAUCAUUACAUGGUUUCCCAAAUAUCAGAGCUGUCAGCGCUAUUUUAUAGACCAUGCUCAACACGAGCCACUUGUCCAGGCAUUUGCAUCCUUCAUCAACAUCCUGCUCCCAUUUCAGCGUCAGCCACACCCAGUCUUCAGCACAUCCGGAUCUCGGAGUGGCAAAGCGAGGCUGGAUAGAGAUCCAGGGAGAGCGUCUGCUUCCGAGGCAGCAGCAGCCACCUCUGCCGUGUCCCUCGUCCCAUACCUGCGGCGUCUUGUGGUCACUGGUAUGGAUGUGCCCCAAGUAUUACACGGUUUUUUCGGUGACGACUGGCGAGCAGGGGUCGGGCCGCAACGAGAGCAAGAAAGGCGGAACUACCUCUUUGCCGCCAAAAGUGGCGGCUGGGCAUCGGUCAAAAGAGACUAUGAUAUGCUCCCCUUGGAGACGGUACCCUUCAUGCGGCCACUGUAUGACCCGACUGACGCUGAGAUUGACGCUGCCGAGAGGACCUGGAGUGAAUGGCUGGCUCUCGAAGAUUGGAUGGUGGGCUCGCGUGCACCAGAUGGCGAUACAAAUGAAAUCUCAUAG